AUGACUUCGAGCUUGGAGGAAGCGUUGGAGUCCACGGGCGGCAAAGGACAAACCGCCCAGGGUGUCUCGAUCAAGACCUUUGUGGCCUCGCUGGCGACGGCCAUCGUUGUCUUUGCGGUCGAAUUUCUACUCUUCAUACUGCUCAAGGGCAAACUGACCCGCAUCUACCAACCACGAACCUACCUAGUACCAGAUCGAGAACGCACGAAACCAUCCCCGCCGGGCCUUUUUCGCUGGAUUGGACCUGUGUUUCGGACUUCCAGCUCAGAAUUCAUUCAAAAAUGUGGACUGGAUGCCUAUUUCUUCCUGCGCUACUUGCGCAUGCUACUCAAGAUAUUCAUCCCCCUGGGGUUGAUAAUUUUGCCGGUAUUGCUGCCAAUUAAUCGCGUGGGAGGAAAAGGCACGAGCUUCCAGAAUGGAACUGAAAGUGGCUCUCAGUGGAAUGUCACUGGCUUAGAUCAACUGGCCUGGGGUAAUGUCAAACCAGAACACACCAAUCGCUAUUGGGCGCACUGUAUCAUGGCGAUCAUCGUGAUCUUCUACGUCUGCGCCAUUUUCUUUGAUGAGCUGCGAGGCUACAUUCGCUUGCGGCAGGCCUAUAUGACAUCCCCUCAACACCGGCUGCGCGCCUCUGCGACUACCGUGCUUGUCACGGCUAUUCCCCGCAGCUGGCUCAAUGUCGAGUCUCUGGAUCGCCUCUUCGAUGUCUUUCCCGGUGGCAUUCGAAACAUUUGGAUCAACCGCAACUUCGACGAUUUGAAUGAAAAGGUCAAGGAGCGGAAUGAUCUUGCCCUCAAGCUUGAGACAGCCGAGACAGAGCUGAUCGUUAAAUGCAAGAAGGCAGCACUGAAGAAAGCCAAGGCUGAAGCAAAGAAAGCUGGGAAAAGCAAGACCACCGCAGCGGAACGGGAAAAAGCCGCAACGGACAUGAGAGCAUCUCAAUUGGCGAUGGGGCCUGGAAUCAGCUCUGGGGACCCUCACCAGGCCCAUACUCUGCAGGAGGUUUUACAUGGACAAACCGACACACGGAAGCGAAGUACUUCCGAUGGAUCACGCACUGGUGGACGGGUAUUCGACCCGGCGUUUGCAGCCGCUGGUGCGGUGGGACACGGCGUCGGCAAAUUGGGUAAGACUGUACUGGGUGGUCUCAAGAAAGUGGAGGUUGGCUUUGACAACACCUUGACCCAAAACCGUGGCUUUGUCGAGGCAACGGAUAAUGGCCUACCGCCUCUUCGAGGUAACCCGGAGAGCGAUUCGCCAAUUAACGACUUGCCUAUGGGGGCCUUUCUUUCAGACAAAAAGGCACAAAUCCCUCAAGAAGGUCAGACUCGCAACAUGUGUCAAGAAGCAUAUCCAUCCCCCCCAAACCGGCCGUCCUGGAAGAAUCGCGUGGCGUCCCAUCUGUCCUCCCAUUCCAAAAAAUCUGAACCUGAGCCUGAUGAGUAUCCUCUAACUGGCCCCGAUACCCCUGUGACCGAUGUGCCUCGCUGUGAGUCCGCUAAGUCCAAGAAAUACAAGGAAAAGGCGGCCCUCGGGCAAAGUCACAAAGAGGGAGACGAAGUAGGAGAAGAGUACCCGGUCGCCUACAACGAGGAUUUCGAUAACGAAGACUAUGGAAAGCCAAGAUGGAAGGAGUACAUCCGGCUAAAGGACAGAGACACGCACCGCCUCCCCAUAUUUGGCUGGAAGUGGAUGCCUUCGCUAUGGCUUAUAGGCAAGAAAGUCGAUACCAUUGAUUACUGCCGGAAGGAACUCGCCCGGUUGAAUCUGGAGAUCGAGAUUGACCAGCAACACCCGGAACGAUUCCCGCUGAUGAACUCGGCCUUUAUUCAGUUCAAUCACCAAGUCGCUGCGCACAUGGCAUGCCAGUCCGUUGCACACCAUAUUCCAAAGCAGAUGGCUCCUCGAAUUGUGGAAAUUUCCCCGGAUGAUGUGAUUUGGGACAACAUGUCCUUGAAGUGGUGGGAACGCUAUCUACGGACCUUUGGCAUCGUUACCCUAGUCAUCGGCAUGGUAAUUGGAUGGGCUUUCCCCGUCGCAUUCACCGGGCUACUCUCGCAACUCACAUACCUCGAAGGAGCAUUCACAUGGCUCUCCUGGCUCAGCACGUUGCCCGAGUGGUUUAUUUCCGCCAUUCAGGGUAUUUUGCCUGCCCUUUGUUUGGCCAUUCUGAUGGCACUUCUCCCCCUCAUUCUCCGCUUCCUGUGCAGGGCUCAAGGCCUGCACACCGGCAUGUCGAUCGAGUUGACGGUUCAGAACUACUACUUUGCAUUUCUAUUCGUGCAGCUGUUCCUGGUCGUCACCAUUGCCUCCAGUUUCUCAACCAUCAUCGAAAAUGUCACCAAUGUGACUAGCUGGCCCGAGAUGCUUGCCCAGAAUAUUCCCAAGUCGAGUAACUACUUUUUCUCCUACAUGAUUCUGCAAGCCAUGUCCGUGAGUGCAGGUGCCCUUGUGCAGAUCUUCGGUCUUGUCAGCUGGUUCAUUCUAGCGCCUAUUAUGGAUUCUACUGCCAGAAAGAAGUGGGCGCGGACAACAAAUUUGAACCAAAUGCAGUGGGGUACCUUCUUCCCUGUGUACACCACACUGGCUUCAAUCGGUCUGAUCUAUUGCGUUGUUGCGCCACUUAUCAUGGUGUUCAACAUUAUUACAUUCAGCCUUUUCUGGUUCGUCUAUCGCUACAACACUCUUUACGUUACCAAGUUCCGUUUCGACACCGGUGGCCUCCUUUUCCCCCGGGCUAUCAAUCAGCUCUUCACGGGGAUUUAUUUCAUGGAACUGUGCCUCAUCGGCUUGUUCUUCCUCGUUCGGGACGAGAAGGGAGAAGUGGCCUGCGAGGGCCAAGCCAUUUGCAUGAUAGUCGUACUCAUCAUGACGAUCGGCUACCAAAUUCUCCUGAAUGAGGCGUUCGGUCCUCUUCUCCGGUAUCUGCCUAUUACUCUUGAAGAUGAUGCUGUCCGGCGCGAUGAGGAGUUCCAGCGUGCCCAACACGCCCGACUCGGACUUGCCACGGACGCCGAGGAUGAGGACGAUGAUGUCGAGCAUCGUCUCGCCGAUCGCGAGCGUGAGGAGCGCGACCACGACCGAGAUGCCCAAGAAAUCGAACUGAAGACUCUGGAGGCGGAUUCCGAGAAACGCAAGGCCGGCGGUUCUGGAAUCCUGACCACUCCGGCACUUGGGGACAAACGACCAUCGUGGGCUAGUCGCUCGUCUAAUCGGAAGUCUAAGUACUUUGGAGAGAACUCGGCCACCUCAAGUCCAACUAUCAAAGCCCUUCGAGAGAAGAUGGCACACGAUACCGAAGCGCAGGGGCCACCUACCAACACCGUGGGCCGUGCUCUCUUUGCGGGUAUUCACGACGAAUUGGAAGAUCUCACUCCGGACGAGCGCGACCAACUCGUACAACGCGCCUUCCAACACGAAGCCCUCCGCGCCAAACGGCCGGUGAUCUGGAUCCCACGCGAUGACCUCGGUGUCAGCGACGACGAAGUCUAUCGCACACAGCGGUUCAGCAAGCACGUCUGGGUCAGUAACGAAUACCAGGCGCUGGACGGCAAGUGCCGGACGAUCUUCAGCCGCAGUCCACCGGAUUUCUCGGAGGUGGACUUAAUUCAGUUGUAG